AUGGGAGAUAAUAACGAAAUAACUACGGGUGGUUCUGAAAUGGAAGGUUGUAUGCCUCUGCAGCCUGAAGAAGACGUCACUACUACUUCUCCAAAAACAAAAAAUAAAUGUGGAAAAUUUGUGUCCAGUCGUCAAAAAAUAAUGGUAGUCAAUAUUUAUAAAGAUAUCAUUUCUAAUACACCAGACAAAAAAUAUGUGGACAUUAUUAACCGUAUUCGAGAGUUAACUGGCUUGGGACGUGACACAAUAAGGAAUACCAUCAGCGAAUAUAAAACGACGAAAACAGUAUCAUCUCCUAACAGAAAAAGAUUGAAGGCUUCACUCUUUGAAAAAAUUGAUGAUCUGGAUCGCACAGGAUUACGUCGGACAAUUCAUUCUAUUUGGUUAAAACGUUAA